UAGGGACUCGAGGUCCGCGGGGGUAAUGAUCCACGAACUGCUCUUGGCUCUGAGCGGGUACCCAGGGUCCAUUUUCACCUGGAACAAGCGCAGUGGCCUUCAGGUGUCACAGGACUUCCCAUUUCUCCAUCCCAGUGAAACCAGUGUCUUGAAUCGACUCUGCCGCCUGGGCACAGACUAUAUUCGCUUCACCGAGUUCAUUGAACAGUACACAGGCCAUGUGCAGCAACAGGAUCACCAUCCAUCUCAGCAGGGCCAAGGCGGGUUACAUGGAAUCUAUCUAAGGGCCUUCUGCACAGGACUGGACUCAAUUUUGCAGCCUUAUCGACAAGCACUGCUUGAUUUGGAACAAGAGUUCCUGGCUGACCCCCAUCUCUCCAUAUCACAUGUCAAUUAUUCCUUAGAUCAGUUCCAGCUCCUUUUUCCCUCUGUGAUGGUUGUAGUAGAACAAAUUAAAAGUCAAAAGAUUCAUGGUUGCCAAAUCCUGGAAACUGUAUAUAAACACAGCCGUGGAGGUUUGCCUCCUGUUCGAAGUGCACUAGAAAAAAUCCUGGCCGUGUGUCACGGGGUCAUGUAUAAGCAGCUCUCAGCCUGGAUGCUACAUGGACUCCUCUUGGACCAGCAUGAAGAGUUCUUUAUCAAACAGGGUCCAUCUUCUGGUAAUGUCAAUGCCCAGCCAGAAGAGGAUGAGGAGGAUCUGGGUAUUGGGGGACUGACAGGAAAACAGCUGAAAGAGCUCCAGGACUUGCGCCUGAUAGAGGAAGAGAACAUGCUGGCACCAUCUCUAAAGCAGUUCUCCCUGCGAGUAGAGAUUCUGCCAUCCUACAUUCCAGUGAGGGUUGCUGAAAAAAUCCUGUUUGUUGGGGAAUCUGUUCAGAUGUUUGAGAAUCAGAAUGUCAACCUGACUAGAAAAGGAUCCAUUUUGAAAAACCAGGAGGACACUUUUGCUGCAGAGCUGCAUCGUCUCAAGCAGCAGCCGCUCUUCAGCCUGGUGGAUUUUGAGCAGGUGGUGGAUCGUAUUCGCAGCACUGUGGCUGAGCAUCUCUGGAAGCUGAUGGUGGAAGAGUCAGACUUGCUGGGUCAGCUGAAGAUCAUUAAAGACUUUUAUCUUCUGGGACGUGGAGAACUGUUUCAGGCCUUCAUUGACACAGCUCAACACAUGUUAAAAACACCACCCACUGCAGUAACGGAACAUGAUGUGAAUGUGGCCUUCCAACAGUCAGCACACAAGGUGUUGCUAGAUGAUGACAACCUUCUCCCUCUGUUGCACUUGACAAUUGAGUACCAUGGAAAGGAGCAUAAAGAUGCUACUCAGGCCAGAGAAGGUCCUUCUCGGGAAACCUCUCCUCGGGAAGCCCCUGCUUCGGGCUGGGCAGCCCUAGGUCUUUCCUACAAAGUGCAGUGGCCACUGCACAUUCUCUUCACUCCUGCUGUCCUGGAAAAGUACAAUGUUGUUUUCAAGUACUUACUGAGCGUGCGCAGGGUACAAGCCGAACUGCAGCACUGCUGGGCCCUCCAGAUGCAGCGGAAACACCUCAAGUCCAACCAGACAGACGCAGUCAAGUGGCGCCUAAGAAACCACAUGGCAUUCUUGGUGGAUAAUCUUCAGUACUACCUCCAGGUAGAUGUGCUGGAGUCUCAGUUCUCACAGCUGCUUCAUCAAAUCAAUUCUACCCGAGACUUUGAAAGCAUACGAUUGGCUCACGACCACUUCCUGAGCAAUUUGCUGGCUCAGUCCUUUAUCUUGUUGAAACCGGUGUUUCACUGCCUGAAUGAAAUCCUGGAUCUCUGUCAUAGCUUUUGCUCGUUGGUCAGUCAGAACCUGGGCCCACUGGAUGAGCGUGGGGCCGCCCAGCUGAGCAUCCUGGUGAAGUUUUGGGAUGUGAAAAUUUCUGGUUCACAAACUGAAAUAACAAGUCUAUCCCACCACCUUCUCACCUUUAACAGAAGAUUGAAAACCAACAUCUCGUUCUCUAGCCACUCACCGAAUGUCUGCAAACUGCUGAGAUGGCUCUACCUUUCAUCCUAGAAGCGAUUACUGAACAUUCAUGGGCACAAAUCCUUCCCUUCGUUCCCACAUGGAAGAGUCUGCCCCACCUAAGGGGAGACUGGAACUUGCCCACAAAGGACACGCAGCAUCACUUCUCCCUGUGCUGCCCACACAAGAUCCAUCACACUGAGAACAUCUGUCAGAUAAGUUCAUGUAUUGAGCACCUACUACAUGCCUAGUUACUGUUCAAGCUGCAAGAGAUAGAGCAGUUAAGUGCUAUAUAGCUGAAAGUUAAAUAUUUUGUUGUUUGUAUAAAUAAGAAAUUAUAUUUAUAAAUAGGUCAAUUGCUGGAUGUCACCGCUGAGCAAGAAGCGCACCAGGUUAGGCUAGGCUUCCCCUCAUACCACAGACUCUUUCCUCCUUUUGAAAAUUGAAAUUGAGAAUGUCCCAUCCUUAAGGUUCUUCAAAACUGUGACUAUGAAGAAUUUUACCAGUAACUUCCAAUUAUUUCAGACCGGUAAAAGGGCAAUUCUAGCUAUCAACAAUGUAGUUAAAGUAUUUUUUUAACAAAGAAGCAAGCUCCCUUAAAAAAAUUGAGGUCAAAUUGUUCCAUUUCAAAUACUGAAAACUGCAGGUCUAAUUUUCCCAUUUCAGGAGAACCUGAGGUUCUCUAAAAUCUAGCCCAACCAUUGCUGGUAAUCACUAAUGUUCUUAUCAGUGUAAAUGAACAUAAAUAUUCAUUGAAUAAUUUCCUUUAAACUAAAAAAAAUGCAGUAUUAUGUCUUCAGUUUGUAGCCACUCAGUCUGGUCCUCAUCGAUUCACCUUCCACCACGUACUCUAUAUCCUUAUUCCCUGCAAUUAUCAGCUAAAGAGGACCCCUUCCACUGCUGCCCCUGAAGCAGGGGUUAGCAAACCGUCACCUGUCCCCCAUGUUUGUAGAGGUUUCCUGGAACACAGCCACUCUCGUUCAUUUAUUUACCUGUUGUCUGUGGUUGCUUUCAUGCCAUCAUGGUAAAGAUGAGUAGUUGUGACACAGUCAGUGGCCCACAGAGCCUAAAAUAUUUACUAUUUGACAGAAAAAAAUUUCUGACCUCUGCUUUAGAAAAUGAGAGGACAGCAACAGGGAUGAUGGUAUGCAAAGGGAAGGAGUAACUACCAGCAUCUGUGACACUAGAAAUACAAUUCUGUACCUGUGACUAUAGCUUCUAACAUUUCCAAGUUAUCACUGGGUUUCUGAUGUUUAUCCUUGGAGAGUAUCAUCCCUUCAAGUUUACAGUCACCACCCAUUCACAGAAUUGGUCCAUUUGCCUUUUAGCUCUGAGAGCACAGUACCCACAGGUCAGUUUAGUGAGCUCAACCCUAUGAAGGGAGAUUUAUUUUUUAAUUGCCAGGAAACAGAGCUGUGCUGAAUUUCACUCAGCUUUUGGCACAAUUAUUAAUCUGGGCCUACAGUAAAAUCAGGGUUUUAGAAGUAUUUUAGACAGCCCACAAUAACCUUUUGACAAUGAUGCCACAAAAAACUUUAAGAAGUCACUCCUUGUUAUUUUCCUAGACUAGCUGUCCUCCUACAGUGAACCAGGGUAUUGAAAACCACAGAGAAGGUACUGUUUGUCUUACUACUUGUGCUAAGAUUAAGCUCAAAGAAGUGGAUGAAGAAAUCCCAGUUACUACAACCAAAGAGAUUCAACAUUUAUUUUAUCAUAAAAGUCCAGCAAAUAAAACUAUAUACAAGAUCC